UAGUGAGUGCAACGUAAGCACUAAGCAAACUAAUAAGGCUGCUAUUGCAAAGCUCCACCCUAGACCUACAGUCUUUCGUCAUCUCCUAGUGACCACCUGGUCGUCAUGAUCGGGCAUUUAUAUGAGAUACUAAUAGGAAUCCUAAGCGCACUCUGCAGUAAUGGCACCCUACAAUCUCUCUAGAGGAAUAUCCUCCAAAUUGAUUCCAGUGCGAGACCUCCAAAUACAUUACCUCGAAGCUGGAGAUUCAGAGUCCCCACUCAUUCUUCUCCUCCAUGGUUUUCCAGAGCUUUCAUUCUCCUGGCGUAAAAUCAUGGUACCUCUCUCAUCACUAGGCUAUCACGUUGUCGCACCCGAUCAACGAGGAUACGGACAAACGAGGUCUCAGAAUCAAACGGCUUCUUCAAGUCCUGUCACCUUCAAUGAUGACCUAACUCCGUUCAGGAUGCUCAAUCUCGUCCAUGACGUCGUUGCUCUCGUAUUCGCAUUGGGCCACACUUCAGCGGCAUUGCUUGUCGGCCAUGACUUCGGUUCCAUGGUGGCUGCGCAUACCGCCCUUAUCCGUCCAGACCUAUUUGCGAAACUCGUGUUGAUGAGUGCUCCAUUUCCCGGAACCCCCUCCCUUCCCUUCAAUGUUUCCAAGGGUCCUCGGAAUGCCGGCGUUGGAGGAUCGUAUGCCCCAUCUGCAGACGACCUUUUAGCGUCGUUCGAUCCACCUCGGAAACAUUACACGACAUAUUUUGCAUCUCCAAAUGCGAAUCACGACAUGCUGAAUGCGAACGAGGGUCUUCAUUCUUUCCUUCGCACUUAUUUUCAUGUGAAGAAUGCGGAUUGGCGUCACAAUGAUCCUCAUCCUCUCACGGACGCAUCACAACUCUCGCGUUUGCCGCAUUACUAUGUAAUGCCUAUCGAUGCCACCAUGCCAGAGGCUGUAACUCAUAUGGCUUCUCCGCAUCCAACCACAGAUUCGGAAAGUGCAUGGCUCCCCGACGACGAACUCGUGAUUUACGCCACAGAAUUCGGUCGCACUGGUUUUCAGGGCGGCUUGAAUUGGUAUAGAUGCAUGAAAGAUCAGCGGUUUAUGGCAGAGUUGAGUCUCUUUGGGGGGAAGAAGAUCGGGAUUCCGGCCAUGUUCCUUUCUGGUCAGCAGGACUGGGGACCGUUCCAGGUCCCCGGAGCUUUUGACAAGACGCGAGAGGCGUGUCCGCAGAUGAAAGAUGAGAAUGUUGUUUUCGUGGCUGGUGCUGGGCAUUGGGUACAGCAGGAGCGUCCGGAAGAUGUCGUUGCGCAUUUGACUCGUUUUCUCCAGAGCGUUGCAUAAGUACUUGCUGACGUUAUUUUCGAUGCAAUGGGUGCACGUUAAUGAUAGGUUUUAACAUUUGAAGUACGAUACCCCGCCAAUCUCCGUAGGCCUAACUGUCACGCUUGAAUUCUAAGUAACCGCUUCUCUACUAUGAAUUAGGCCUUUCCGGCCAACUACAAUUUCAUAUGUCAUUCUGUACAUUAUAUACCAGUGCUUCACGCUCUCUUAUUAGAAGACAAAUCAGCGAAGGAUUGUAUUUGUAGUGUAGUAAUCCUUUUGCCCCGAUUGGGCGCAGAGCGAUCAAUACCUGCA